AUUCACAAAUCGUUUCUUGCGUACAGUUUUUUGUUCAUGCAACACAAUAAUGCAAGGAUUAGCUAGGAUUUUCCAUUCUUCAUUUCGAGUUUCAUUGAUAAGAAACAAUAUCGCACUUGCUUCAACAGGACUUUACAACAGACACCAAUUUAUUGUUCCGAAUUUCCUCAAUCCUGACAAAUCCAUUUACUGUUGUGUCCAGUGUGUUGGUUAUCAAAGCAGAAAGGGAAGAAACACAAGACAAAAUCGCUGGCUUGAUGAAUGGAAGGAAGAUGAAUAUGAUGACAUUAUAGUUGACAAAGAAAUAUUUGAAGACGAAGGGAGAGCUCGGCAUUAUUUAAUGCUUAAAGCAACAGGAUUUUUGUGUGUUAUUUUCUUCCUCAAUAUAGCAGAUAUAAUACGAAUACAGUUGAGAAAUUCUGCACCCAGGGAUGAAGAAAACAAAGGCUUGACAGAAUCGGUAUAUUGGAAGAAUAAAGGCUUCACAGGAUUCUUGCUAUUGUCCAUUGCAUUAGCUACAAUAAUUCCAAGUGGGAUUUGUCGAAUUUGUGACAGAUGUGUGCGGAGUAUGUGGCUUUUAAAGGGAGGUAAAACAGUUCGAGUGAGAACAUUUGCCCCUUUCUUCAUGACAACUACUCAUGAAGUUCCUGUGACAAAUAUUUCAGGAUUGACUGCAAGAGCAGGACAAAAUUAUGUCUCAUUUCAACUGAAGAGGAAAGAUAAUAAAAUAGUAAACCUUUCAAUGUCCAACCUGACUGGGAAUUUUAAAGAACCAGCACUCUAUGAUCAUUAUGUAGGAAGAUAUCGUGAUUUGAAGUCUUCAUGAACUUUUGUCUUGUGUGAAUAAAGUGUAAUGAUUGAACUAAA